CGCGAUCUGGGGAGGCAAGGCAGCACCAGAUCUCGGCUGCCGCCACGCCGAGCCCCUGCGUCGCCGACCUUCGUUCCAAGAUGACUCGGGGCGAGCGGCGGCGCCGCGCAGCGCCGGCGGAGGGAGUGCGGGCAGCCGAGAGGGCUGCUCGGAGCAGCGCCGCACGAAAGGGAGGCGGGAUCCACGGCGCGGCUGGAGGGGCGGCUCUGGCCGUCGUGGUCCUGUCGCUGGCCCUGGGCUUGUCAGGGCGCUGGCUCCUGGCGUGGUACCGUGUGCGGCGAGCAGUCACGCUGCACUCCGCAACCCCGGCGCUGCCCCCCAACUCCUCCAGUCCUGCCGUGGCUCCAGACCUCUUCUGGGGUACCUACCGCCCCCACGUCUACUUCGGCAUGAAGACCCGCAGCCCGCAGCCCCUUCUUACCGGACUGAUGUGGGCCCAGCAGGGUGCUACCCCAGGGAUCCCUAAACUCAGGCACACGUGUGAGCAGGGAGACGGCGUGGGUCCCUAUGGCUGGGAGUUUCACGACGGCCUCUCCUUCGGGCGGCAGCAUAUUCAAGAUGGGGCCUUAAAGCUCACCACUGAGUUCGUCAAGAGGCCUGGGGGACAGCAUGGAGGGGACUGGAGCUGGAGAGUAACUGUGGAGCCUCAGGCUUCGGCUACCUCUGCCCUCCCUUUGGUCUCCUUGUUCUUCUAUGUGGUGACAGAUGGCAAGGAAGUCCUAGUGCCAGAAGCUGGGGCCAAGGGGCAGUUGAAGUUCAUCAGUGGGCAUACCAAUGAACUUGGUGAUUUCCGCCUUACACUUCUGCCACCAACCAGUCCAGUGGAUACUGCCCCCAAGUAUGGCAGCUACAAUGUCUUCUGGUCCUCCAACCCAGGACUGCCCCUGCUGACAGAGAUGGUGAAGAGUCGCCUAAAUAGCUGGUUUCAGCACCAGCCCCCAGGGGCCUCUCCUGAACGCUACCUUGGCUUGCCGAGGUCUCUGAAGUGGGAGGACAGAAGCCCAAAUGGACAAAGACAGGGACAAGGGCAAUUCUUGAUACAGCAGGUGACACUGAAAGUCCCGUUUUCUGUGGAGUUGGUGUUUGAAUCAGGCAGUGCUCGGGUGGGAGGAAGCCAAGCCCUGGAGCAGCUAGCAGGCAGCCGGCUGACGCAAGCCCUGGAGAACCAUGUGGAAGCCUUUAGAGAGCGUUUUGAGAAGACCUUCGAGCUGAAGAAGAAGGGCCUGAGCCCAGAAGAGCAGACUUUGGGCCAGAUCGCCCUCAGUGGCCUGCUUGGUGGGAUCGGCUACUUCUACGGACAAGGUCUGGUGUUGCCAGACACAGGGGUAGAGGGGUCUGAGCAGAAGGCAGACCCAGUCCUCUUUCCUCCUGUCCCUCUUUUCACAGCGGUGCCCUCUCGGUCAUUCUUCCCACGCGGCUUCCUUUGGGACGAGGGCUUUCACCAGCUGGUGAUCCAACGCUGGGAUCCCCACCUCACCCGAGAGGCCCUAGGCCACUGGCUGGGGUUGCUCAAUGCUGAUGGCUGGAUUGGACGGGAGCAGGUGCUGGGGGAUGAGGCCCGCUCCCGGGUACCCCCAGAAUUCCUAGUGCAGCGGGCAGCACACGCCAACCCCCCAACCCUACUUUUGCCUGUAGCUCACAUGCUAGAGGCUGGUGACCCUGCCGACUUGGCCUUCCUCCACAGGGCCUUCCCCCGCCUGCAUGCCUGGUUCUCCUGGCUCCAUCAGAGCCAGGCAGGGCCAGUACCAUUAUCAUACCGUUGGCGGGGCCGGGAUCCAGCCUUGCCACACCUGCUGAACCCCAAGACACUAUCAUCAGGGCUGGAUGACUACCCCCGGGCUUCACACCCUUCAACUGCUGAGCGGCAUCUGGAUCUGCGGUGUUGGGUGGCACUGGGUGCCCGUGUGCUGGUGCGGCUGGCAGAGCAGUUGGGGGAGGCCAAGGCAGCUGCCGACCUGAGCCCACUGGCUACUUCACUGGAGGCAGAAGCAGGCCUGAAUGAGCUGCACUGGGCCCCAGAGCUAGGGGUCUUUGCAGACUUCGGGAACCACACAAAAGCAGUGCAGCUGAAGCCUAGGCCCCAUCAGGGGCUAGUGCGGGUGGUGGGCCGGCCCCCACCUCGAAUGCAGUAUGUGGAUGCCCUGGGCUAUGUCAGUCUUUUUCCCUUUUUGCUGCGGCUGCUGAGCCCCAGCUCGUCCCACCUUGGGCCCCUGCUGGACGUUCUAGCUGACAGCCGCCAUCUCUGGAGCCCCUUUGGUUUGCGCUCCCUUGCAGCCUCCAGCUCCUUUUACGGCCAGCACAAUUCAGAGCACGAUCCUCCUUACUGGCGGGGUGCCGUGUGGCUCAAUCUCAACUACCUGGCCUUGGGGGCACUCCACCAUUAUGGGCAUCUGGAGGGUCCCCACCAGGCUCGGGCUGCCAAGCUGUACAGUGAGCUCCGUGCCAACGUAGUGGGCAAUGUGUGGCGGCAGUACAGGGCCACAGGCUUCCUAUGGGAGCAGUAUAGCGACCGGGACGGGCGAGGCAUGGGCUGCCGCCCUUUCCAGGGCUGGACGAGCCUUGUCCUGUUGGUCAUGGCUGAUGACUACUGAGAGGGAAGGAUGGGAGGGGAAACAGGCCCCUUGUGCCCCUCUGGAUCUGGAGGGACAAGGUCUCUGGCUUCUGCCCCCAGCCCCUCAGAUACUCUCAGCUCAUCUCAGGUGUCUCUUCACUGUCAUCCCACACAGCCCUGGGAUGGAUGUAAAUUCAGAGUCUAUUUUUCUAAAUAAAUUGGAAAAACAUGCCAAACACUGUUGCUU